AUGAUGUUGCGGUUCACAUCUAUAGCAACGUCAGGACUGCGGCGAGCCGUCAGCGCUUCCUCUGGCGCUUCGAACUUCUCUUGCAGGAACCCACUGAAUCGGAUCUACCACCGACGCUUGAAAUCCACGCUCGAAGUGGUCCCUGCCUCUGCCUCGGCUCCACGAGAAGUUCCCACGCCGAUCCUCUUCCUAUCCGCUUCCAAGUGGACAUCAUCACCUCCCGCAUCACAAGCCUUCCGCGACUGGAUCCACCACUUCACCUCCCAGGGCUACUCGUCCCUCCUUCUCGACCUCGAUCCAGACACCCCGCUAGCUGACAUCAAAGACUCGUCCCAGCUCAUGGAGGUCUUCGAAAAAGACGCAAUUGAAACACUGCGCGAGGCAGGCCAAACACCACCCUUCCCACCCGUCAUGAUCUCGAGAGGGCCAGCUUGUCUCAUCGCACAGACGUACGUCUCUUCGCGUCCUCUGACGGCGUUGCAGCUCAUUGACCCACCCAUCAACAACGCGUACUUGAGGAAAGACCACCCAGAAUUGUUGCCAGGGGAGCUGGAGGAGUUCGACUUUGAGGCGACUUUUCCCGUGAGAGUAGUGUGGAGUCGAGCAGAGCUGGCGAGGCAAGAGGAGAAGAGCGUGCCGUGGUACGAUGUGCAUCGUAUCGAGCACGAGAGGGAGGAGGAGGCGGAUGAGAGCUUGGACAGGUACACUUUUGUAGAGGAGAAGGAGGGGGCGGAGAUGACGCAGGAUUGGCUGGAGGGUGAAGUUGAUAGUUUGGAAUAUUCAGCCGACUUCGUCGACAACGAGGUUGCAGACACAUCUGAUCUCGAGCCGCAUUCCACCACUACGGCAGCAACAAAACCUUCCAAGUCCGAGCUCAACCUACCCGAAUGGUUCACCUCCGGAUCCUACACCCUGCAACCCGGUUCGCGCAAGUACCCGCUCACACUGGACGAGAACGACCUCGCCGAGAAAUUCAUCCGCGGCUCCGGCCCCGGUGGCCAAGCGAUCAACAAACUCUCGACGAAUGUCCAGCUUACACACAUCCCCACGGGGACCAAAGUGACGUGUCAAGAGACGCGAUCGCGCGAUCGGAACCGGGAGCUCGCGAGAAGGAGGAUGAGUCUGACGUUGGAAAAAUUGGUGAGGGGAGACAGUGGGGGGAGCAGGAUCGAUCGACAGAUCGAAAAGGAGAGGAGGAGGAAGUCGAACAAGAAGAAGAAGCAGAAGCGGAGGUUGAGGGAGAGGGAGCAGGAGGCGGAGGGACAAGCGCUGACUUCGAAGACUCAAGUUACCGAGUAA